AUGCCUCAUUCAGAGUCCGACGGGCGCCUGAUGAAGCGCCAAAGGCGCGAUGCGGUGCAGAAAACUCAGGGCGGUGCACCGCCGACGGGCACAUCAAGGAUCUUUGCACCUUUCAGGACGGUCGGACUGGUCUCUCCAACAGACGUUCCAUUCACCUCGAUUCCCAUGGGCAAGACCACCUUUCAGAUUACCACCUCUGUUGGCCGAUCUCUUCAGACCUACGACCUCAAGCGCGGUCUGAAUCUUGUCUUCAUCACGCGACCUCAGACACCUACCGACAUCACAGCUACAUACGCCUGGAAGGAGAAGGUCUUCGCUGCAUGGGGAGGCGGCAGUCAUGGCAGCAGUCAGGGCGUUUGGGUUUUUCAGAGGGGCAAGAAGGUAGCUGAGCUCGAAGCAACCGGCAACGCUGACCAGCCAAUACGCCAAAUUCUUAUAUUCGGAUCAUGGAUCAUUGGUUGCGCCCUGACGAGGAUUGAAGUCUGGAAGACAUCAACGUUUGAGCACUACACGACUCUGCACACCGUAGGCGCAAAGGGCGACAAUGAGCUCACAGGAGGAAUCUGCAACAUGCCAACCUAUCUGAACAAGAUAUUUGUCGGACGACGAGACGGCUGGGUCGAGAUUUGGAACGUUAGCACGGGGAAGCUCGUCUACACCAUUCUGCCCCCAUCGCCAAAAGCCGGCGCUGUUACUUGUCUCGAGCCUACACCUGCGCUUUCUCUUCUGGCCAUCUCCUAUUCCAACGGUCCGCUUGUCAUCCAGAACGUCCGAACUGAUAAAGCAGUCGUGCAACUCAACGCUGGAACAGAUGAAGCCCCCGUGACUACAAUAUCCUUUCGCACGGACGGACAAGGGGCAGGACAAGAUGGCAGAAAAGACGGCGUUAUGGCUACUGCCACCGCAAAGAACGGAGACAUCACCUUCUGGGAUCUUAACAAGGGCGGGAGGGUAAUGGGAGUUCUGAGAAGCGCUCAUAACCCACCCGUACAUGAUGGGCCGGAUGUUCGAGGUGGAGUGAGCAAGAUCGAAUUCCUGCCCGGACAGCCAGUUGUUGUUACAAGCGGCCUAGACAACUCACUCAAGUCUUGGAUCUUUGACGAAACCCCUUUCUCACCAAUACCACGCAUUCUUCAUACCCGAAGUGGUCAUGCUGGCCCGGUUAAAACCCUGCAGUUUCUCCCCUCUGACUUUGACGGUUCUGAGGGAGGCAAUAAGUGGCUACUUAGUGGUGGCCAGGACAGGAGUUUGUGGGGCUGGAGUCUGCGUCGUGACGGCCAAAGCACAGAGCUGAGCCAAGGAAACAUUCGCAAGAAGGCAAAGAAAAUUGGUAUCCUUUCAACGGCAGCCCUGAGCCAUGGUCCCACAACUACGCUGGAUGAUCUUAAAGCUCCCGAGAUCACAUGCAUCGCAUCCUCUUUGAACCGAGACGGCGGUAUAGGCGCAAUGCCUGGCAACCAGCCGAUCUGGCAGAAGGGUCAUGGCCAGAAAAAGCCACUGGAUGCUGAGAUCAGUGGCAUGACCGGAUGGGAAAGCGUCGUCACAGCACACAAAAAUGACCCUUUUGCAAGAACGUGGUUCUGGGGAAGGAAGAGAGCAGGCCGUUGGGCUUUCCAGACUGGUGAUGGCCUAAAUGUGUCAAAUGUGGCAAUCAGCCCAUGCGGCACGUUCGCGGUCGUGGGCUCGGAGGGCGGCAGCGUGGACAUGUUCAACCUGCAGUCAGGGCUGCAUCGGCAAAGGUUUCCUUCUCGAUUGACGCCUGCUCAAGCAAGGCAGCUGAAGAUGCAGCAGCUAAGGCAAACAGACAAUGUGUCGCAAUUGCAGUCCAGAUCAAAUCCUGGUUUCACACCAGGAAUGGGGAAACACACAAAGGCUGUCACCGGCAUUGUAGUUGACUCCAUGAACAAGCUGGUCAUAACAUGUUCACUGGACGGCACGAUCAAGUUCUGGGAUUUCCUUACCGGUAAUCUGGUAGAACAGCUGGACUGGGCCCCGAUGACGGCCAUCACAGGAUGUCGAUAUCAUGCCGCAAAUGACCUUAUUGCUUUCUCAUGCGACGAUGGAUCCAUCCGCGUUGUGGACAUUGAGACGAAAAAGACGAUUAGAGAAUUUUGGGGGUGCCAAGGCGGCAUCAAUGAUUUCUGCUUCUCAAACGAUGGGCGCUGGGUCAUUGCCGCAUCACAAGACGCCGUCCUGCGGGUGUGGGACUUACCAACCAGUCAUCUCAUUGACGCCAUCCGAUUAGAGAAGCCGUGCACGGCACUGGCAUUCUCUGUGACGGGAGAGUACCUCGCAGCCGCUACCGAAGGUCAACUAGGUGUCCAUAUCUGGACGAACCGUGCUGUAUUCAAGCACGUGCCUACGAGACAGAUCUCUGAGAGGGAAAUAGCUCAGAUCGCGGGGCCCACCACUUCAGGCGAGGGUGGACAGGGCUUGAUCGAAGCUGCUUACGAAGAGGAUGUGGAUGUCGAAGAAGAUGACACCGUUGUAGCACCCACGCUUGAUCAGCUGAGCGCCGAUAUGAUGACCUUGAGUCUGGUGCCCAAGAGCCGCUGGCAGACACUUCUACAUUUGGACAUCAUCAAGCAGAGGAACAAACCGACAGAGGCACCCAAAGCCCCUGAGAAGGCACCCUUCUUUUUGCCAUCAACGGUGAACGGCUCCAAGCCUGGUGAUAGAUCAAACGCCGUUGUACCCCUGGAGAGCGACGAACCUAGGUCCCGAAUCACGAAGCUUGAUCGCAGCCGCUCGGAAGAAGCAUUCACGUCAAAACUGCGCCAUGGCGCGGAGACAGGAGACUACAGCGGGUUCAUCGAGUAUCUAAAGUCAUUAUCUCCCUCAACAGCUGACCUCGAACUCCGGUCCUUGUCGAUCGGGAUGAACAGAGAGGACGAGUCUAACGAACUACUACACUUCAUCCAUGCGUUGACUGCUCGUCUUAUCGCAAGGCGGGAUUACGAGCUGACGCAGGCUUGGAUGACGGUGUUCUUGCGUCUACAUUUCGAUCUUAUCAUCGAGAAUGAGGUCUUACUGAAGGCGCUUGCUGAGUGGAAGCAGCGACAAGAGCAGGAGAAGGCUCGGCUCGACCAUCUCGUUGGUUACUGUGGCGGCGUUGUCUCAUUCUUGAGAAAUCCAAGAACUUAG